AUGUCAAACCCCAUUGAAUCCACACCACCUUCCAAUCCAACGUUCCAAGAAAUUGGUUUACUUCCCGAGGUGAUCAAAGUAGUUGAACAUUUAGGCUACAAAAUGCCGACUCCCAUUCAAAGUAGUAGUAUUCCCGUCGCGUUGAAACGGAAAGACAUAAUUGGUAUAGCUCAAACGGGGUCUGGCAAAACUGCUGCUUUUUUACUUCCGAUGUUAAAUCAUUUAUUAAACACGAAUGAGCGCAAGCGGGAUUUCUUUUGUAUAGUAGUGGAACCAACCCGUGAAUUAGCAGCACAAGUGAUAGAAGUGUUAGAUCGUAUGGCGGAGGCGUUACCUGGUUUAGUUUCUUGUUUAUUAGUUGGAGGGAUGGAUGAGAUGAAACAAGCGGUUCUGUUAGCUAAGAAACCAAAUGUGAUUGUAUGCACUCCCGGUCGUUUAGUGUAUCACAUUAAUAACACAAAAGGGGUAUCUCAAUCGCUCCAAAAGACUCGUUUCCUAGUGAUCGAUGAAGCCGACAAGUUACUUGAUAUGGACUUUGCAGCGGAUAUUGACAAAUUGAUCGAGAGUGUUCCGAAGCAACGAACAACUAUGCUCUUCUCAGCUACUAUGUCAAGUCGUGUCGAAAAACUUCAACGCGCGUCGUUAGUCCAUCCCGUCAAGAUCAAACAAUCGGAACAAAAGUACUCGACUGUGGACACCUUACGACAAGAGUACCUCUUCAUCCCUUUCAAAUACAGAGAUGGCUAUUUAAUGGCAAUACUCCAAAAGGUCGGUGCACAGAGUGCAAUCAUUUUCACUAUGAAAUGUAGUGGAAACACUCGACUUGUUUUGAUGUUACGACAACUCGGGUACGAGGCAAUUCCACUGAACGGCAAAAUGUCGCAACAAAAGAGACUUUUGGCCUUAGAGAAAUUUAAGAGUGGCAAGAGAAGUCUGUUAGUAGCGACGGAUGUUGCGUCGAGAGGGUUAGAUAUCCCCGACGUCGACUUUGUCAUCAACUACGAUUGCCCGGUCGAGCCUAAAGACUAUAUCCAUCGUGUCGGACGAACAGCGCGAGCCGGGAAAAGUGGGAUGGCCAUAACUAUAGUCACACAAUACUCUUUAGAGUUUUACCAACGUAUUGAGACGAUGAUAGAGAAGAAGUUGGAUGAGUAUAAAGUUGAGGAACAAGUCGCAAUGUCCUAUGUGAAUAGAUGUAGUGAAGCGAUGAGAGUCGUGAAUCAAAUAUUAAAGGAUGAAGCCAGUAAAGAGAAGGAACGGAUUAAAGACAAGAACAAAGGAAAUGCUGAUGAAGAAGACUGA